AUGGGGUUAGAGCCAGAGAUUAAGGAAAUCAUGGCAGCCCAGCAACAUACUACUUAUGCGAAAGUUGUACGUCGAGCACAAGCAAUUUCUAAUGGUUUAGGAUUGGAAAAGAAACCUCAACCCAACACUGAGACUUCUGUAAAGAGAAAGUGGCAAGGUUACGACAAAGACAGGAAUCAAAAUCAGAAAGGAUUAUGCUACAUUUGUGGUAAAAGUGGCCAUUUCCUCAGAGAAUGUCCAGAGAAGAAGAAAGAAGGUGACCAUCUUAAGAAGGGAAAGGCCAGAGUAUUUGCUUUGAUGGGAGAAAAUGAGGAUCAGAACACAAACGUAAUAACAGGUACGUUACCAGUAUUCGACAUACCUGCUAUUGUUCUUAUGAAUUCUGGAUCGACUCAUUCAUUUAUUUCUACAAUUUUUAUGGAUAAGAUUGGAAGUAAAUGCGUAGAAACAAAUAACAUUCUAGAAGUUAGUACACCCUCAGGCGAAGUGGUUAAUACCAAUCAAAUGGUUAAAGAUGUUAAGUUAGAGAUCGAAGGAAAAGUACUAAAGGCAGAUUUGUACAUCUUGGGAAUGAAAGACUUUGAUGUAAUUUUGGGUAUGGACUGGUUGGGUAGAAACUAUGCAACUAUCGUAUGCCAUAAGAAUGAAGUCUUAUUUCAAAAACCUAGAGAAGAAAAAUUUCGAUUCCUUGGAGCAAGAAUUAGGACUCUACCCCGAUUGAUAUCUACAAUGAAAACAGAAAAGAUGUUGAGGAAGAAUAUGUGUCGAGGAUUUUUAUUGAAUAUAAAUAGUAAACCCCAGUCCGAAAGGAAAAUAGAAGAUGUACCUGUAGUAAAUGAGUUCGUGGAAGUUUUUCCUGAAGAUCUACCUGGUAUACCGCCUGAUAGGCAAGUAGAUUUCACAAUUGACUUAACCCCUCGGGCAACACCAAUGUCUAAGGCUCCUUAUAGAAUGGCACAAAAAGAAUUACAGGAGUUGAAGGCAUAA